UUAGAGUUUUGUUUGUCUAGUUGUCUGGAUCGAGCUUUUUUUCCUUGCUAGCAAUAGUUCUUCCUUUCGAUCCAUGGGAUGGAUCCAUCGAGAGGGCGUGCUAGAUUGAUUCAUCCACAAGUGCCGAAAGAUUAGCCAAGCGAGACCACAUUUUGCUUCUGAUCGAUCGAUCUAUGGCACAAGGCACGGACUUUGGAUGGAAGAGAGCGGACGCCACCGAGAGAUGGGACACAGUCGUAGCCAUCUAAGCGGGCGAGCGAGCGAGCGAUCGAGGAGGGAGCUUUUCUGGCGCGCUCUUCUUUUCCUUCCAGUGGAUUCUGAUUGAUUUCUCUUUGUCUGUCGAUUUGGGGGAAGAACAGAGAGGAUAGGACGUCCUGAGCGCUUGGAAGGCUUUUUAGAGGUGUGCGCUGUGCCGCUGUGUCAGUCGAGGACGAUCGAGAUACCGAUCGAGAUUGAUCGAUCCAUCGCCAUCACGCUCGCGCAAUAGCCGGAGGAGUAUCCGGAUCCGAGACCCAGUGGCAGAAAUCCCCUGCCAUUUGUUCCCUCGAUCAUCAUCUCCCUUUCAGAAGGACAAACCAGCCGCAACUAUAAGAUCUCGAGCGAAGAACCAGAGCUUUGGGCGAUUUCUUUUCGCGCGCUAAGAUAAUCUCCUCCCUUUGGAUCAUUGUAGUGGUACCCAACGACAGCCGUGGCAGCCAUCGCUGUGGCCUCCCUGCGUGUUCUUGGCUGAUUUUGCUGGGUGGAUAGACAACACCACCAUUUGGUCCCGGCAGCGAUCUUCCGGAUCGUUUUGUUUUUCUGCUCUGGAGCAAGGGGGUCUCUUUUUCCUCAUCUUUCCUCAAAGAGUAAGAUCCAGUCGGUCCUUGCAUCGCACUUUGUUUUUGUCUCUCUUCCCCGUGAGACGAAAUGGGAGCCAAGCGGAGUGAUUUCUGGCCGCGACAGCUGAUCCGGAGGCUGCUCAAGUCCUCCGGGGAUCACGAAGCGCUCAGCUGCUCUUCCGACGAGGUGAUGAGCGACUAUGAAACUGAUGGGUCUGCUCCUCGCGAAGUCCCGGUGAUGCUGGUGCGUGGAAUUUCCGAGACGCUCUUCUCGGAUCACAUCAACAUCGAGGAAAUCAAAGUGAUGACCGCGACAUGGAAUGUUGCUGGACGAAGCCCACCCAGCGAUCUGGACGUGGAAUCGUGGCUGGGCGCCACAACUGAGGAGGAACUAGCCGACAUCUACGUGAUUGGGUUCCAAGAGGUAGUCCCGCUAAACGCUGGCAACGUUCUUGGGGGCGAGCACGAGGGCGCCGCCACGAUCAAGUGGGACAACCUCAUCAGCCGCGCGCUCAAUCGCUCCAAAUCGCCCAUCGUCCCGCCCGCGGCAUCGCACCACCGCCGCAGCAUCUCGGUGGAUCGCGUCAACCUCGCGCUGGUGGCCGAUCAAAUGAUCACCCUCCCACCGCCGGCGGCGGCGCCGCCAUCCUCCUCGUGGAAGAACAAGCGGCGAUCGUCCAAGAAGAGAAACAUGGUGGUGAUGCCCACCAACGGCGAUGGAUGGUUCGCCACCGCGCUGUCGGACGAGGACGAGGCGGCGCUUCCGUCGCAGCAGGGGACGCGAUACCUGCGCAUUGCGAGCAAACAGAUGGUGGGCAUCUUCAUCUCGGUGUGGGCUCGCGCGGGCAUCCAGCCAGCGAUCCGCAACAUCAAGGUCUCGAGCGUGGGCUGUGGAUUGAUGGGCUAUCUCGGCAACAAGGGAUCAAUCGCGGUGAGCUUGUCCGUGCACGAGACGAGCUUUUGCUUCGUGUGCUCGCAUCUCACGUCGGGAGAGAGGGAGGGCGACGAGCUGCGCAGGAAUGCCGACGUUACGGAGAUUCUCCGCCGAACGUGUUUCCAUCGCCCAAAGCUCACCUGGCCCGAGAUGCCAGAGACAAUCAUGGGACACGAUCGGAUCAUCUGGCUCGGCGACCUCAACUAUCGGAUAGCUCUGCCGGAUGCUCAGACCCGGCUGCUCAUUUCCAGACGAGAUUGGCAAACGCUUCUGCGGCGCGACCAGGUAACGUGUGCACCGUGCUUUACUUUUCUUCGCGGCCCAGAGCUGGAUUUCUUAUACUUGUUGUUUGCUCUCGCCUUGCAGCUGAGGACGGAGAAGAUGGCAGGGAGAGUUUUCGAUGGCUGGCAAGAGGGCUGCAUUGAAUUCCCGCCAACUUACAAGUACGUGAUUAACUCCGACCGAUACUCUGGCCUGCUGCUCAAAGCUGGCGAGAAACGAAGAACGCCUGCCUGGUGCGAUCGAAUACUUUGGUACGGGAAAGGACUGAGGCAGCUCGAGUACCGGAGAUCCGAGUCCAGGUUCUCCGACCACCGCCCCGUGUCCGCAGUUUUCCUAGCCGAGGUGGACGUGUUGGAGGACUCCAAGCUCAAGAGACUGUGGAGCUUCUCCAAGGCGAACGAAAACCUUCUCGCUUUCACGGAGCCGAGCAAGGGCCUCGGCAAUCAGCAGCAAAGCAACGACUCUGAGGUGCGUGGAAGUAUUCCUUCCAGUCGUUGUUCCUUGUUCUCAGCCUCUCUUUCUUCUUUCUUGGCAGGUUGUAUCGGCCAUACCUGUGUUCUGAGGUUCAAAACCAUUGACAGGCAAAACAAAUUAGUUCCUUCCGGAAGUGAAGACCGAAGUGCUCACUCAUUCACUCGAUCACGUCUUGUACAUUCUUCUCUUUUUCUUCUUUCUGUGAAAGGUAGUCUGACCGAGCCGGAAAGCAAUGUAAAAUAUAGCCAGGAGUUCCGGGGCAGCAGUCUUUUUCGAGGGAAGAUUUGUUUCUCUCUGGCUGCCUACAACAUCCUUGUAAUCUGCUCUACUGCCAUCUAACACAAGUAGAGUUUAAGAAAGAAAAAGAAAAAAAAAAAUGUACCUAGCCUUUCGCUGGUU